GGGAAGGUUGUGUGUCGUCGGAGUAAAAUAUACGAUACUAUGAUCGGUGCUCAUGAAUAAAACUGUGUUUGUUUUGAGUUAAAGUGACGAGUGUAAAAUAUUGGAUUAAUCGUCUGGAGUGAUAAUGACUGACUCUAUCACGACGGAGGACGUAGGAGUUGAAGGAAAAGAUCGCGUAUUGGAGCGCGACGCGGGUUUCGUGUCUGGGGGCGACGAUGACGAUUCCUGCUCGGGUCCAGCCCACUCCGAUGACUCCGGAGUUAGGCUGGUGGAAAACGAGCCCCGGAUAAAGAGGGACCGGUCACCCACUCUCCAACCGCCAAAGAAGAGAAUCCGUCUGGGAUCCAGGGAGGAUCUAGCCAGCCCAGAAUCCGACAGUCCCUUCCGACCUUGGUCCUUCGCUGAGGAACCGCAGCGGGAGCCUCUAUCUUUAGUCAAGAAAGUCAACGAAACUAGCAUACUAAGGCAGCGGCGGAGGCCGUUAGAACCACCACCUCCGCCUGUUCCCAUCAUCGUUCCCGAGCCGAGGCCUGGACCUCCGAGGGUACCUCCGCAUCCGGGAGUCGUGGAACCCUUCCCGGAGAAACCAAAACCAAGGGAGCAGAGGAAUUACAAGAACAUGACCAGAGAGAGAAGAAUCGAAGCGAACGCGAGGGAAAGAACGCGAGUCCACACGAUCAGCGCUGCCUUCGAUACGUUAAGGCGAUCCAUACCCGCGUAUAGCCACAACCAAAAACUAUCGAAGCUAUCCGUCCUCCGAAUAGCAUGCGCAUACAUCGCAGCAUUAUCAGCGGCCAUAGACCCAAACGAGGACUUAUCCGAGGCAGUGGAUAAAGUAACGCAAACGAUACACACAGAAGGAAAGUUAAGAAAGAAAAAAGACGAUCCCUAGCCGUCCCAUUGAGCCUAGUUAACGUUAGUACAAAAACGACAAUAAUUGUGAACCGUCGAUUUUAAAAUUUGAAUCUCCAAUGGCUGGUACAACCAGACUUUUUAAAAUAUUUAUAUUCAGUGAAGAUCUUAAAAAAUAAUAAGUCCAUUUUACACCUUUUCAGCUGUGCUGUGCUUCUCUUUCUGUGGGUAAGUAAAUACCCACAGAAAGAGUAUUUAAAAGAUGAUUUUUUAUUAUGUAGGUACCUGAACAGGGUACCAACUCUUUUUAAAGUUACCUUACAUCACUUGACGGGUUUCUUGCUAGAAGCUUCUAGUUUCAGUCUAAAAAUUAAUAGAUACUUACAGCAGUUAUUUAAUGCUGAAUUUUUUAAUCACCUGACUAAGGAUUUCUUGUGCCUUCAAAUUUUGCCACAGCCCCAGUAAUAGGAAGCUUCCCCUUAACUGAAUGUAUUUUGGCUUUAAUUGUUUUUAUAGGUUGUCCUAUAAAAUGUUUAUAUUUAUUAUACUUAACUCGAGUCAGUAAUUUUAAGACAGAAAUGUAUAUUUUAUGCGAUAGUUGUACGUGUAAAUACUGUAAAUAUUAGAUAGAAGAAUAAGAAAAUAAGGCACUUUUGUCGUUACGGGUGGGAAGAAAUAUGACAAUAAUAUUAAGCAUUUGUAACAACAAAGUAAAAAAAUAUUGUGCAAAUAAGGUUCUUGAAAUUGUAAUAAAAAAGACAAUAGUGUGUAAACAGUUGAGCAAAUAAUGUAUAGAGUAUAGGGGAUAUUAAAAAUUAAUCGUUUCAGAAAAAAAUUGUUAUUUGUAUGUAUUUUUGGUAUAAAUUGAGCAGUAACAAAAAUGCCUUAUGAUGUUAUGUGAUAAAAAUUAUUCUGUAUGGUAGAGCCGCAUAAGUAUAAUAUUUUGCUAGUAUCUAAAUCAAAAUGUACU